AAUUGUGCAAAAAGUUCUAAAAUUAGUGUAAAAUAGAGCAAAAACGCGUUGUUUUUCGAAAACGUUUUCGCAGUUCGGUGUGGCCAGUACGUGAGCUUAUCUUAUCUGUGUGUGUGCGUUAAACACACACCAAUACGAGUGCGUUUUCUCGCGUCCCUUUCCAUCCCCUUUUUCUUGUUCUUCCUCUUCUAUAACUGUGUCAAAUCAACAACAACAAUAAAAAAUAGAACAGUGCUCGUGUGUGUGUGUGUGUGUUAAAUGCACAAAUUGAUAAGCAAUUUGAUUCAAUUUAAUCUAGUUUAAAUCAGCUGAAAAUCAGUGCAGCCAGCAACCAAAAAUAAAUAUAAAAUUAUAAAUACUAAAUUACUAAUCCAUAUAAAUAGAAUACCCUUGAGUGGUUUUUUGUGUGCGACUAAUUAAUUCAACACAUUUUUGGUUCCGCAUUUUUUUUGAAAUUAUAACGAAGUUUCAGCUGUGCAGAGCAACAACAAAAAGCGGUUUUUGUUUGUUUUUCAAGCUCAACGAAAAAAAGAAGAAAAGAAAUCCGCUUCCAAUCAGCUGUUCCAAGCGACCGCCUAAGUGUGAGUGAGACAGCCUAUCUGCGCGCCAAAAUAAAACAACAACAAGAACAGUGGCACAGUGGUUCGAAACCUAGCUAAAUGCUAUAAAUCAAUUUGUUUUUAUAGCUACACAUUUUUGGAAGGAAUAUUAAACUAUUACUUAUAUACUUAAAUCUGUUAAGUUUUUAAAUCGUUUAUAUUUAAUACGCGUGUGUCCUAAAGAAGUGAUAAGAUAAGUAAAAAGUGAAAAAUGAGUGAUGAGACGGGCGAUUCGGGCGGGGCAACAGCCCCACUUCCAUCGCCAGCUAAUGCGGAUACGGAACCAGGAGCUACUGCCUCCAAAAUACCAGGUCCAAGCAGAUCCAAUAUUCCCACGCCCGCUGCUUCAGCUACCGGAAUCCCGCAGCCCAGCAAAAUGAAGGCGCCAUCCAAUUUCGGAUCUACCGGGUCUGUUUCCAAAAUCGGAAGACCCUGCUGCAAUCACACAACCCCUAAAUCUGGGCCACCACCAAGAGACACCGCCAGCAUGAGUCGUGAAAGCGAUGACAAUUUAAGUUCGAUCAAUUCGGCUUAUACAGAUCUCUAUCAAGAGACUGUCAGGCGCUUUACGCGAUCUUCGCUCUCACCCACAUCCGAUUGGGAUCGCUUUUCGCCCGCUAGACGUUCGCUAAAAUCGGAGGCUGGAAGUCGCACAUCUUAUGAUUAUUAUCUAGAGGCCACUGGGCGACGUCGCAGCUCAGAUCACAACAGCGCAGUGCUGACAGCAAAUACAGAGCAGUUCAUCAUUGGCCAGCGGGUUUGGCUUGGUGGCCUUCGUCCCGGACAGAUUGCCUACAUUGGCGAAACACACUUUGCACCCGGCGAAUGGGCGGGCGUGGUCCUGGAUGAACCAAAUGGUAAAAACGAUGGCUGUGUGUCGGGCAAAAGAUACUUCCAGUGCGAGCCGAAACGCGGCAUUUUCUCACGCCUCACACGUCUUACCACAUAUCCCAUGUCUGGGGCCCAGACACCGACUUCUCCCUUGGCCAAAAACUCCCCGGACAGAUCGCGCACAGUCUCCCCAACUGCGAGUAUUCGUAGCUCUAUGCUUCGCAGUCCAGGCAUUGGUGGCAAAAACGGAAUGGCUGUGGGCGAUCGUGUGAUUGUCUCCUCUGGAUUUGGCAGUCGUCCUGGUAUUUUACGCUAUUUGGGUGAGACACAAUUCGCUCCUGGCAAUUGGUGCGGCGUGGAAUUGGAUGAGCCAAGCGGCAAGAACGAUGGAGCUGUGGAUGAUAUAAGAUACUUCGAGUGCAAGCCCAAGUACGGGGUGUUUGUACCUAUAGCGAAGGUUUCGCUAUCGCCGUCUUCGAAGAAAACGCGUCUUUCGAGGACCGGAUCACGGGAGUCCCUCACCUCGAUCGGCACCAUGAACAGCAUCGCCACCACGGCCACGUCGCGCAUGCGCAUGAAUGCUCAGCAGCGCAAGUCGAUCACGCCCGUUAAGCCAAUUUUAGCGACGCCGAAAAGCCAAUAUUCCAUGCAGGAUCUGCUGCGCGAGAAGCAACAACAUGUGGAGCAGCUGAUGGUGGAGCGCGAUUUGGACCGCGAGGAUGCCCAGAAUCAGGCGCUGCAGCUGCAGAAGAACAUCAACGAGCUAAAGGCAAGAAUUGUUGAAUUGGAGUCGGCAUUGGGAGAUGAACGAAAGAAAUCGGAAGAGUUGCAGUUCUCUGUAGACGAAGCACAGUUUUGUGGCGAUGAAAUGAAUGCUCAGUCCCAGGUCUACAAAGAAAAAAUCCACGAUCUGGAGACGAAAAUCACACAGCUGGUGUCCGCCACUCCCAGUCUGCAGAGUAUACCACCACCGCCGCCAGAUGAUAGUGCCUUUAAGGAGGAAAUUGCUAAACUGCAGGAAAAGUUAAAUACUCAGCAGAAGGAAACGGAAUCCCGGAUCGCCGAGCAGCUGGAGGAGGAGCAGCGGCUGAGGGAAAAUGUAAAGUACCUGCAAGAUCAAAAUGCCACUCUUCAGUCAGAGCUGCUUUCCAAGGAUGAGGCCCUUGAAAAAUUCUCCCUCUCAGAAAGUGGACUAGAAAAUCUCCGAAGGGAACUUGCGCUGCUCAAGGAAGAAAACGAAAAACAAGCUGAGGAGGCACAAGCUGUUUUCUCUCGAAAACUGACCGAAAAAUCGGAACUGCUGGAAAAAAUCACCUCCGAAUUGCAGAGCCUGAAGGCAGUCUCCGAUUCUCUGGAAAGCGAAAGGGUUAACAAAACUGAUGAAUGCGAGAUUCUUCAAACCGAAGUCCGCAUGCGGGAUGAGCAAAUCAAGGAGCUAAGUCAACAACUCGAUGAGCUAACCACCCAAUUAAAUGUACAAAAAGCAGAUAGUUCGGCUCUGGAUGAUAUGCUACGGUUGCAAACGGCUGGAAGUGAUGAGAAAUCGACCCUUUUAGAGAAAACCGAGAAGGAGCUAAAUCAAUUUAAAGAAGAGGCUUUGAAAAAUCAACAGGAAAAAGAGCAACUUGAAAAGCAAUUAACUGAAUUAAAGCAAUUGGCGGAACAAGAAAAACUAGUCAGAGAAAAGGCUGAAACUGAAAUCAAUCAAAUAAAAUUAGAAAAAGUAAACAUAGAGCAGCAAUUGGCCUUAAAAGAAACUGAACUUGAGAACUUCCAAAAGAAACAGUCUGAAACACAGGCUCAUCUUCAGGAAAACAAGGAUCUGAUUAACCAAAAAGAUCUAAAAUUAAUUGAAUCUGGUGAAUCCCUUAAACAACUGCAACUUCAACUGGAUGAGAAAACUAAAGUUCAAGAUAAACUCUUAGCUGACCUGGAAGAGCUGAAGAAAAAUCAGGAAACUGUUUUAAUUAAAAAGGAUCAGGAUCUACAGCAGCUUCAGGCGAAGUCAACUGAGCUCGAAGGAUCUCUAAAGUCCACUCAAGAACAAUUAGAGCAACUUCAGCAACAGGCAGCCGCAUCUGGAGAAGAGGGUUCCAAGAAUUUGGCCAAAUUGCAGGAAGAGAUUAGUCAGCUUAAGGCCCACGCUGAGAAAACUCAAUCCGAGCUAAAAUCUAGCCAAUCGGAUGUGGAAGCCAAGACAAAACAAUUGCAGUUAGCCAAUGGAAGUCUAGAAGAGGAGGCCAAGAAGUUGGUCAAUCUGCAGGAACAGAUUACCAAACUUAAAGCCGAAGUGGAGGAGACCCAGUCAGCUCUCAGUUCAAGUCAUACGGAUGUGGAAUCCAAAACUAAGCAAUUGGAGGCAGCCAAUGCUGCUCUUGAAAAAGUCAACAAGGACUACGCGGAAUCGCGAGCGGAAGCUUCCCAUCUGCAAGAUCAGGUCAAGGAGAUCACUGAUACACUUCAUGCUGAGCUACUGGCUGAACGAUCCUCCUCCAGCGACCUACAUACCAAACUCUCCAAGUUUUCGGAUGAAUUAGCCACCGGUCAAAAGGAACUGACCAGCAAAGCCGAUGCCUGGAGCCAGGAGAUGCUGCAGAAGGAAAAGGAACUGCAGGAGUUGCGAACGCAACUUCAAGACAGCCAAGACAACCAGACAAAACUGAAAGCAGAGGGAGAACGGAAGGAGAAAUCUCUAGAAGAAUCUAUCAAGAAUCUUCAGGAACAACUAGCCAAGUCUAAGGCGGAAAAUCAAGAACUGAGCACUGGCACGCAGGAGACCAUCAAGGAGCUUCAGGAGCGUCUGGAAAUCAGCAAUGCCGAGAUUCAACACAAAGAGAAAAUGGCCACUGAAGAUACGCAGAAGAUAGCUGAUCUUAAAACGCUUGUGGAAGCCAUCCAGGUGGCUAAUGCCAACAUAUCGGCCACCAACGAAGAGCUCUCUACCGUACUGGAAGUGCUUCAAGCGGAAAGGAGUGAAACAAAUCACAUAUUCGAGCUUUUUGAAAUGGAGGCAGAUAUGAACUCAGAGCGACUAAUCGAAAAACUAACUGGUAUGAAGGAGGAGCUGAAGGAUACCCAUCUUCAACUGGAUGAGCAGCAGAAAAAGUACCAGGACCUGGAGUUGAAACUAGAGCAAACGCAGCAAAGUGAGCAGACUUUGCAACAGGAAUCCUUGACUUCCAAGGAGCAACUAAAGGAACUACAACAGUCCCUCGUAGAAGUUCAAGACUCUCUUAAGCAAAAAGAGGAACUUGUCCAGAAAUUGGAAGGUCAGCUUAAGGAAACCAGUACCAAAUUAGAAGGUCAAUCAACUUCCUCUCAGGAAGUCCAACUAAAACUUGAAGAAGCUGAGAAGAAUAAAAAGAACUUACAAGAGGAGAGUGCCAAAUUAAUCGAACAACUGCAGGCGCUACAAAAAACCCAGUCGGAACUCUCCGAGUCCCUCAAGAAAAAGGAUGAACUUGUACAGAGUUUGGAGGAGAAACUGAAAGAAAGCAAUACUCAAUUAGAAACCCAAAAUUCUGCGACAAAAGAAACCCAAGUUAAACUGGAGGAGGCGCAACAGAGGGAGAAAGCCUUGCAGGAAGAGGCUGCCAAAUUAAACGGUGAGCUGCAACAAGUCCAACAGGCCAAUGGAGAAGUAAGGGAUUCCCUGGUAAAAGUAGAAGAGUUGGUGAAAGUUUUCGAGGAAAAACUCCAAGCCGCCACCGCCCAGUUGGAAGGCCAACAGGCCACAAACAAAGAGCUCCAGGAGUUGCUGGUAAAAUCUCAGGAGACGGAGGGUAACCUACAGGGAGAAUCUCUGGCAAUCACCGAGAAACUACGUCAACUAGAACAGGCCAAUGGGGAACUUCAGGAGUCACUGUCCAACAAAGAGAAAAGCCUUACAGAUUUUGAAAAUAAACUCCAAGAAAGUAAUUCUCUACUGGAAGGUCAAAAGAAAAGCCACAACGAACUCCAGGAUAAGUUGGAAAAGGCUCAGGAAAGGGAAAGAAAUCUACAAGAAGAAACCUCGAAAUUAGCUGAGCAGCUGAGUCAACUACAGCUUAAGAAUGAGGAGCUUCAAAAAUCCCUCCAGCAAAAGCAAUCGCUUUUGGAAAAAGGCAACGAAUUUGACACACAGCUGGCGGAGUAUCAGAAAGUCAUCGAUGAAAUGGAUGAUUCGGCCUCCGUUAAGUCCAAGCUGCUGGAACAGCUGCAAAAUAGAGUCGUGGAACUGGAGGCCGCACUCCAUAAAGCCAACGAAGCCCAAAAGACUGCUAAUCAGGAGACUAAGGAACUGAGGCGCCAGCUGGAAUCGCUGGAAUCGGAGAAGACCAGGGAGAUUUUGACCCUUAAAACUCAGAUGAAUGGAGCGGGCAGCAGGUCUGGAAAGGGUGAUGAACUGGAGUCACUAGACACCGAGACUAGUCUUGCCAAGAUAAAUUUCCUCAACUCAAUCAUUGCCGACAUGCAACAGAAGAAUGAUGCUCUCAAGGCCAAAGUCCAGACACUCGAAACCAUGCCUAUGGACUUUACCAAACCGCAUGCCUUUGAUGUGCUGACGAAGCGAAAACCGGCUCCCAGACUUUUCUGCGACAUCUGCGACGAGUUUGAUCAGCACGAGACGGAGGACUGUCCAAUCCAGGCUAGUGAAGAUCGGGAUUACUCCCCACCACCAUCGGAGGCCAAUAACAAUGAGAAGGAACGCAAGCUGCCUGCACCCAGGAAAUACUGCGAUUCCUGCGAGGUUUUUGGCCAUGAUACCAGCGAAUGCGCCGAUGAUGAAACCUUUUAGCUCUACAUAAAUUCUAAAUUAUUUUCCGUUUUACUUUGUUUUGACCUUAUAGCAUAAUCUUAUUGCGAGAUCUAUCAGAUGAGAUAACUUUUACCUCAGCAGAGAGCUUCACUCAAUCACACAAAAACAUUCUCUAUCUAAAAUUGUGAUCUUGCGUUAUGCACACAUUUCAUGGAUAAUAGUCUAUUUUAAAUUGUUUUUAUUUAUUUAAUGCGAUUCGUGGCACACACAAUCGGUUGUUUUCGUAAUUUUUGAGUGUAAACAUAGUGUAAAAAAAAAUAUAAAAAUCAGAAUUUGGAAGAAAACUGCAAAAA